GCUAGAGGAGACACUAAUCAGGAGAAGAAUUAACAUGGCACGAGUAAGGCUUACGCUGCUGCUGGCGAUGUCUCUGCUGAUCCUCUCGCCGGCGAUGGACGGCGGCGUCCAGGCGCAGAUCGUGCCGGCGGUGUUCUCCUUCGGUGACUCGACCAUCGACGUCGGCAACAACAACUACCUGCCCGGCGCCGUCUUCAAGGCCAACUACGUGCCGUACGGGGUGAACUUCCACCGUCGCAGGCCGACCGGGAGGUUCUCCGACGGCAAGAUCGUCACCGACAUCACCGCUGAGACGCUCGGCUUUGAGAGCUACGCGCCACCGUACCUUAGUCCGCAAGCGUCGGGGAAGAACCUUCUUCUUGGCGCCAACUUCGCCUCGGCGGCGUCCAGCUACCACGACGACACGGCGGCCAUGUAUGAUGCAAUCACGUUGACGCAGCAGCUCAAGUACUACAGGGAGUACCAGUCCAAGCUUGCGGCGUUGGUCGGCCGGGAGAACGCCAGCGCCAUCCUGUCCGACGCGCUGUACGUCGUCAGCACCGGGACCGGCGAUUUCCUCCAGAACUACUACCACAACGCCUCGCUGUCGGGGCGCUACGACGUCAGCAGCUACUGCGACCUCCUCGUCGGCAUCUUCUCCGGCUUCGCCGACGAGUUGUAUAGGAUGGGGGCACGGCGGAUCGGCGUGACGUCCAUGCCGCCGCUGGGCUGCCUGCCGGCGUCGAUCAGGCUGUACGGCAAGGGUGGCCGCGGCUGCGUGGCGAGGCUCAAUGGCGACGCUGAGACCUUCAACAGCAAGCUGAACGCCACCGUCGAAGCGCUGGCGAAGAAGCACUCCGACCUCAAGAUCGCCAUCUUCGACAUCUACACGCCGCUCCGUGAGCUCUCCGAGUCACCUGCAUCGCAAGGCUUCAAGGAGGCGAGGAAGACAUGCUGCCAGACGGGGACAAGGAAGACGAGGGUCUUCCUCUGCAACCCGGCGACGGCGGGGCUGUGCCGGAACGCCAGCGACUUCGUGUACUUCGACGGCGUGCACCCAUCAGAGGCGGCCAACCUCGUCAUCGCCGAGUCCACAAUGUCGGCCGGGAUAAGCUUAGUUACAUAACCCCAUCGGUGUGAAACACUGAAACUGUGCGGUGAUGCAGGUGCUAAUUAGUUUCGCAGGUUCUGCUGUGUUUCAGAGCCUAAGAAACAGUGCUCUACAGUGACCAAUUUGCAUAAAGAACAGUAUAGUUUGUCUCUACAAACAUGUGCAUCUGUGAAUCUGUCUCCUACAUUACUGCAACUUAAAUCCAACCUAAAUAUAUCAUAUAGUUAUUAGGGUGUUAAAAUAUUGAUGGUGUGAUGUAAUGAACAGUAUUGCUAUAUUGUAAUUCUCUUGAUAUUUGUAAGAAUGUGUGCUCUCCAGAUGAGCAAAGAAUAUCGUUGUCUUCAAGCAGCAGAUGCAUGGAGAUAAAUAUAAAGCAGCAAGUAGUUAA